AUGGAUCUGAUCCCGGUGCUGGUCCUCCUGGGAACAGGACUGACGGUACACGGCGUCUCCGUCUUUCUCCCUGUGCCCCUCUCAGAGAUUCACUCGCUCACCUACAUCUACACGGCCCUGUCCAAACCCGUGGGGCUCCCCGGCAUCCACGAGUUCACGGCCAUGGGUCUGCUGGACAACAAGAUGAUCGACUACUACGACAGCACGAUCCAGAAGAAGAUUCCUAAAGAGGACUGGAUGAAGGAGAGACUUGAUGCCGAUUACUGGGAGAAAGGCACACAGUCCCGCCAGAGCAAGCAGCAGUGGUUCAAAGUGAACAUCGACAUCCUGAUGGAGAGGAUGAGACAGAACAACUCAGACGUCCACGUGCUGCAGUGGAUGCACGGCUGCGUGGGGGAAAAGCAGCCAGACGGCAGCCUGAAGUUCCUGCGUGGCAUGGACAUGUACAACUACGACGGGAACGACUUCCUGUCCUUCGACGGCGCCAACGAAGUCUGGGUGGCACCGACCGCCGCAGCAGAACCGACCAAGAGGAAGUGGGACAACGUCCAGGUCCUGAAAGAGUACACCAGAGGCUACCUGGAGAAGGAGUGCAUUGAUUGGCUGACCAAGUUCAUGGACUACGGACAGAAGCAGCUUAAAACUGCCGAGCCCCCCAAAGUUACCCUGUUUGCAAAGAACUCCAACAUCAAGUCAAACGUCGUUUUGACCUGCUUCGCCACCGGUUUCCUACCCAAAGAAAUCGAACUGAAGAUCAAGAGGGACGGUCGCAUCCUUACCAGAGAAGACGGGGUGGUAUCUACCGGCGCCCUCCCGAACGAAGACGACACUUUCCAGAGGAGGGACAGCAUCGAGAUCUUCAGGGACGACUUGGUGGACUACACCUGUCACGUGUCUCACAAAGCAUCCGGCUUUAUGGUUGAAAGUGCCUGGGAUAAGAUCCUCCCUUCCUGUGAUGAGUCUGCUAGUGUGGGGUCGGUUAUUGGAGGGUUCUUCGGAGGAGCAGUUUCGAUGGCUGUGGUUGUGGGGCUGCUGGUUUUCUUCUGGAAAACAUCCAAACCUGGAGCUCCCAGUUCUUCUCCCUCCACUGAAAGUGUUACCUGGUCCAGCUCUGACAGCGUGUGUCCCAGUAAAGGGGAUGUUCCUGCUGACAGUGACUCUGGGGUUAUAUCUAUCUCAGACUACGACGGCUCUCCUGGGUCCCACAGUCUGCUGGAGGAUGGAGACCCCUGAAGCUCUCAGGCUGGA